UGGGAGUGUUGCGCGCUCUCCUCAGCGCUAUGGCGGCGGUAGCGGAGCGGCCGGGGCUCAUUCUGGAUCCGAGGCUGGAGCCCGUCCUGCGGGAUGCUGUGGCGGCUCUGGGCCGGGCCGGGGCCGGGGCCGAGGCCGAGGCCGGGCUGGCGGCAGCGCUGGGCGCGGUGCGUGCCGCUCUGGCGGCGGCGGGCGGCCCAGCCGCCCUCGGGGAGCGAGAGCGGGCGCUGUUCGGCGCCUUCCUGCGCAGCCUGGCCCGGGCGCCUGGCGCGGCGCGGCCCGAGGGCGUGUGGCAGCGCUGCUUCCUGGAGGGCCCGCCCGGCCUUGUCUUCUGCGUCUUGCUGGAGUCCCUUGGCUCUGCAGGCUCUGGUCUUGACCCGAGAGAGGUAGUCGGUGUCCUGGAGCAGUUCCUACAGGAAGGCCGGCUGUCAGCAUUACUGUGGGAGGUCUGUCAGCAGCAGGCACAGGCAGGCUGCCCAGAGCUGCAGGAUGUCCUGAUCAACAAGAUUGUGUGUUUACCUGAGCAUGUGAGCAAUAAACUCCAGGGGAAGAAUCCACCAGUGUUCUUCCCACAGAACUACUUCCCUCUCCUGGGCGAUGCAAUUCUCCAGGUGCUAGAGAAGAUCUCUGACUCUUUGCGGGGUGGCUUGGACUGCUCCAUCUCUUUUGUUUCUCAUGUCCUGGGGAAGGUGUGCAUUCAUGGAAGGCAAAAGGAAAUUCUGGGAGUUUUGGUGCCCUGCCUGACAGACCUCACCAAGUCAGACUGCAUCUGGCAGAGGAUAUGCUGGCGGUUGGUGGAAUGUGUGCCAGACCGCUGGAUGGAAGCAGUGGUCCUUGGUUUUGUGCAGAGAGCACCCGGGGCAGAUGUCUUGUCCAGAUUGCUGGGGAACCUGGUUGUGAAGAACAAGAAGGCUCAGUUUGUGGUGACACAGAAGAUGCUGCUCUUGCAGUAUGGUCACACGACAGAAGUGCUGCAGAACCUCCUUGGCUACCUGUCCCUGGAUGGCCUCCGGCGCACGUUGUUGCUCAGAGUGCUGCAGGAGCUGUUGGAGACCUGGAGCAGCAGCAGUGCUGUGAAACACUCCACAGCUGAACAGCAGUUGUACAUUAGCAAGGCCAUCCUCAUCUGCCUCUCCCACCUGAAGGAGCCUGAAAUUGAGACCCACAGACAAGAGCUUCUGACAAGCAUGAUGGAGGGUGUGAAAUGCCGCUUGGACAGCAGUCUGCCGCAACAACGGCGUCUGGGCAUGGUGGUGGCAGAGAGCAUCAGCUUGAAAAUAAACACUGAAGGGCCUGUCCUGAAAUUUGAGUAUGAAGAAGAUGAUGAAACAAGAGAAUUGAAGUUCCUUCUGGUGCAGACUCCAUCAUUCUGUAAUGUCCCCAGCCUUCCAGAUGAUGACAGGAGUGAGAAAGCAGGUGCUGCACUGCCAUUGGUACCAGAGAGUAAUGAGAAAUCCCAUGCAGCAGCCCCUGUGAUGUCAAAUGAGGAGUCAGACACUGAGUUUGACAGUGAUGAUGACCUCAUCCCUUAUGACAUGUCUGAGGAUAAAGAGCUAAAAAUUAAGGCUCCUGUGUAUAUCCGAGACUGUAUUGAAGUUCUGACUGGAUCAAGAACUGAAGAUGUGGACAAAUGGGAAGCUACAGUCAAGGCCCUUGAGAGCUUGGUUCGGAAGAAUCCAGCAGCAACAAGAGAGGUUAGUGUGGAGCUGGCAAAAAUCUUACUGCAUCUGGAGGAAAAGACCUGCAUUGAAGGCUUCGUGGAGCUCCGUCAAAGAGCUCAAGUAGCUGUUUUAACCACAGACCCAAUACCUGUUGCAAAGUACCUGACCUCCCAGUUCUACUCUCUGAACUACAGUCUCCGUCAGCGCAUGGACAUCCUUGAUGUAUUGGUUUUGGCAGCUCAGGAACUGUCCUGUCCCAAGUUCCUUGGAAAGACCAAGCAUUCUGGUGCCCAAAAGCCUUGUAUCCAGCUCCUUCAGGGAAGUGACAGCUCUAAGGGCUGGAGAAGAGUUGUUGAUGAGAGGAUCAAAAACAAGACUCGGAGAUUAGAUAAGGGUCAGUGUCACGUGGAACUGGCUUCCCGCCCAAACGAGUUCAAUUCUGUUGCUGGGUAUUUCUUUUUCCCAUUGAUUCAGCAUUUCGACAGGCCUUUAACAACAUUUGAUCUUCUGGGAGAAGAUCACUUAGUCCUUGGAAGACUGGCCCACACUUUAGCAAUCCUGAUGUACUUGGCUGUCAACACUGUGGCAGUGACAGCAAUGGGAAAGGCACUGCUGGAGUUUGUUUGGGCGCUGCGUUUCCACACAGACUCGUAUGUGCGCCAGGGCCUUUUGUCCUGUAUCUCCUCCCUGCUCCUCAGCGUCCCUACAGAACGGAUUCUGGCAGACAUGACAGAGGAGCUGUUGGAGACUCAGUCCUGGCUGGGAGAUGUGAUGGAGAAAGACCCUGAUGGGGACUGCAGAAGGCUGGCCCUGCAGAACUUGCUGCUAAUGGAGAACCUGAAAAAGAAACUUGAAGUUGUUCCUUCCUAGCUGAAGGGUAACAAAAAUGACCUUUACCUUGUGCUCUUGACAGCUGGAUGUAGUUGGGCACUGCUAGGGCCUCUUCAGCAGUCACCUGGCUGGAGGAGAGGAAGAAGGGGGAAGGGUGCUGAGCUGUAAGCCAGUGAGACUGACUUGACAUCUGGACUUUGUAGUGGAGGCCAAUUGAGUGAGCUCUGGGUAUCCGGUACAGCGUGUACAGAUGCAGGAAGGUAGGCGAGUGCUGCCAUCCUCCCGCACCCCCACCC